GUGCCCAAGACCGCCGUGGGCAACAACAAGACUCUCGGCAUGUCGGUCGGCGGCGAGACGCGGCAGUGGAGGGAGGGCGAGUGGCUGUGCUUCGAGGACUCGUUCGAGCACAAGGUUUGGAACUUCGGCAAGUCGCCGAGAGUGGUGCUGCUCGUGUCCAUGCUGCACCCGAGGAGGUGGGGCGCCAACGGCGCUGGCGCGUCGCAGGACGACGGCUCCAGGUCACCCGCCGAGGCCUGA